AUGAGUGCACAAACCAUAAGACGAUCAGUAGAAAAAUUCUUUGAAGGUGUAAUUAACAACUUCGGAGAUGAAUACCUCAGAAAGCCAAAUGAAGAAGACCUAUCAUAUUUGCUGCAUGUCGGUGAACAACGAGGUUUUCUAGGUAUGUUGGGCAGUAUUGAUUGCAUGCAUUGGGAAUGGAAAAAUUGCCCUACUGCAUGGGCAGGGCAAUAUGCAGGAAGAAAUGGUAAGGCGACAAUCAUUUUGGAAGCAGUUGCAUCUCAAGAUUUAUGGAUCUGGCAUGCAUUUUUUGGAACUCCGGGUUCCAGAAAUGAUAUCAACGUGCUUGAACAAUCUCCUGUGUUCAAGGACAUCUUGGAAGGCCGAGCACCGAAAGUUAGUUAUGUUGUAAAUGGUCACGAGAAGAAUAUGGGAUAUUAUCUUACUGAUGGCAUAUAUCCCCAAUGGGCAGUAUUUGUCAAAUCUAUUAAUGGUCCACAGAUUAGGAAGCACCAACUGUUUGCCCAACAUCAAGAGGCUACUCGAAAAGAUGUUGAAAGGGCAUUUGGUGUUUUACAGGCUCGUUUUCAUUUUAUCAAAAGACCAUGUCUUAUGUGGGAUUGUGAUAUGAUGGAAAAAGUGAUGUUAGCUUGCAUCAUUAUGCACAAUAUGAUAGUGGAAGAUGAGAGGCACACUUACCUAAAUUAUUGUGAUCCUGCAGAAUUUAUGGAAGCUAGAAGAUUUAGUAAUCAGAGUGGAGAUGUGGAAGAAAAUGAAGAUCCAAAUUUUGAGUUCUCUACAGAACGGAUUGCAAGUCUUUCUAGCUAUAUGAGAAAUAGAUCACAAGUUCGUAACAGAGAAGCUCACAGUGCUUUAAAAAAUGACUUGAUCGAGCAUAUUUGGCAGAAGUUUGGCCGUGAAAAUUGA